AUGGCAACCAAGAUUAACAGCGACGACCAGAUGGUUCUGGAGGACUUGGUGGGUGCGUGGGGCGACUUCACGGGAUCCGACACGUGGAAGGACUCUGACAAGAAGUGCGACCACUACGUGGGCAUUCAGUGCGCCGACAACGGCCAUGUCAUCAACAUGACGAUCCCGGACGCCGGCGCGUCGGGAGCCAUCGGCGUACUUACGAAGCUGCAGAGCCUCAAGUACCUUGACCUCUCUGGCAACAACAUCACCAAGUCCGCCACAUCUCUCUCCAAAAUCACUGCCCUCUCCUACAUAGACGUGUCAGGCAACAGCAACCUGAACACGGGGUUCUCGUCACUCACCAACCUCAAGCAGCUCAAACACCUGGACAUCGCCGACACAGGCUACGAGGGCUCCAUCUCCACCUUCGUCUCCAAGCUCACGGCCCUCACUCGCCUCGACAUGAGCUCCAACUCCCUCACAGGCUCCAUCCCCGACUUCCUCAGUACUCUGCAGAAGCUCGUGUACCUCGGGCUGUCAGCCUCGGGAGAGGACGGGCUCAAGGGGACCCUGCCCUCCGGCCUGGGGAAGCUCACCCGCCUCAACGAGCUCUACCUGCAUCGCAACGGUCUGAGCGGGCCAGUCAGCGUGCUCAUGUCCCUCACCAAACUCAACCGCCUGCUACUUGGCGACAACAACUUCAAUGGCUCCUUCCCUCAGGGCUUCUCCAAUCUCAAGAGCCUCAACUACCUGAGCAUGCGCUACAACGGCUUUGAGGGUCGCAUUCCCAACGUCAUCAGCACUUUGACCAAGCUCACAUUCCUCUCGCUGAACAACAACCGCUUCAAGGGCCUCAUCCCGCGCACCAUCACCGCGCUCACCAAGCUCAACAACCUCCUUCUGCAGGACAACUACCUUGAUGGCUACGUGCCCUCGUUCUCAUCCCUCAAGAAUCUCACUGAAGUGGACCUGAGUGCCAACUACUUCACCGGGCCUCCUCCCAGCUUCUACAAGGCCCCUACCACGCUCAACCUCGACGACAACUACUUCUUUGGUUCUUCCCUGCCCAAAGACAAAAACGGUGAUACUAUCUGUGCGGCGUCUCUCGCCAAGAACUGCUUCACCAUUCCCUCCUCAGAGGACAGUUCCCUGUCUGACGAUUGCUGCACUAGUAAGUCAUCGCAGAGGACUGCUGCUGCGUGCAACAAGUUCUGCGGCACUUCUGGGAACGUGCAGUGUGGUGGCGUUCGCAUUGGCAUCUGCUACCCGUCGGAUAAGGUUGUGGAGACCAGCGGGAGUACUAUUGAUCCUAGAUGCCUUUGCGCCAAUGGGUGGAAGGUGUCUGGUGAUAAGCAGAAGUGCACCAAGUGA